UGAGGCAGUUAGUGAAAGACCAAACCCUCCGCAGCCGCUCACGGGCCCUGGCUCUUCAUUGGCUCCAGGGGCGGGCGACGCCACGCCCCCGGCACGAGCCCGCCGCGCAGGGGAGUGUGCGGCGGCGGCCGGCGGGGGCGGGCGGUGGCGCCAUGGCGGAGGGCGAGGGGCUGGUGUCCGUGGACUACGAAGUGUCCGGCAAGGUGCAGGGCGUGUUCUUCCGCAAGUACACCCAGGGGGAGGCCAAGAGACUGGGACUGGUUGGUUGGGUCCAAAAUACCGGGCACGGCACCGUGCAGGGCCGGAUUCAGGGUCCGGCGGCCAGGGUGCGGGAGCUGCAGGAGUGGCUCCGGAAGACGGGCAGUCCCCAGUCCCGCAUCAGCCGGGCCGAGUUCCGCAAUGAGAAGACGAUCCCAGUGCUGGAGCACAAGGACUUCCAGAUCUUGAAAUAACUUGGUCCGGGAAGAAGCAAAAUCUGGAGCGUGAGCUGCCCUCGCAGGACAUUUCCCCUCUUCCCCAUUUGUUCAGUCAGCCAAUAUUCAGCUCUAGAGAAGUUUAUUUUAUUACAGUUCUAAUUUAUUGGUUUGUUGUACUGUUUGUCUAGCUCCCAGCCUUUCACAAAAUUUUGGCAGGCAGAGGAAGAGCUGUGGUUUCUUUAUUAUCUUUGUUUCUGAACGUGCGUGUCGCGUGGGCUUUGAGUAAUUGUAUGUGAAUAAAGUAUGUAAUUUAUAUAGUGUUGCACUCACGUGAAGGACAUCACAGAGUCGGUGCCGAUAUUAAAUAUUGUUAAAAACAUUAAAGUGCUAUGAAUGCCUCAGAAACAAUUUAUGUUAUUCCAGAACUUUAUUUUUUCAUUAGAAUAAAAUUGCCUGAAGCUUC